AUGGUACAUAUUGAAGCCAAUAAGAAUACUCAUAUUUAUAUUUAUUUUUGGAUUUUUGGACUUAUUAAUAAUGUCCUUUAUGUCGUCAUUUUAUCAGCUGCUGUGGAUAUAGUGGGCCCUAAAUUACCUAAAUCAUUGGUCCUAUUGGCAGAUAUUGUCCCUUCCUUAUCGAUCAAAUUGACAGCACCAUUCUUUAUCGAAUAUAUCCCUUAUAGAACUAGAAUUAUCUCUUUAAUCCUAGUAAGUUGUCUUGGCAUGUUCAUGGUAUCAUUGAGUAAUUUAACACUCUGCAUUAUAGGAAUCAUCUUGGCCUCAACCUCUUCCGGAUUUGGUGAAAUAACUUUUCUUCAAUUAACACAUUAUUAUAAGGGAGCUGCAUUAAAUGGAUGGUCAUCUGGAACAGGAGGGGCAGGUCUAUUCGGAAGUGGUGGUUAUAUGUUAUUGACGUCUAUAUGGAAGAUACCUAUCAAAAUAUCAUUAUUAUUAUUCUCUAUCUUACCAUUCGGAUUCUUACUUUAUCUAAAAUUAGUGGCAGAUCAUCCAAUAAAUGAUCGCUAUGAAGCUAUAUUAACUAAUAUUUUGAGGGACGAGAAUGAAAAUAAUGAUGGUGAUCUACCAUCUUCCAAUAUAUCCAUCCCAGAAAAUGAAGACGUUAUGUUUUUGACACAUGAAGCCAUUUCCCCAAUAUAUUCUUUCAAAGAUCAUGUUAGAAAAACUUUGUUCAAAUUGAAAGAAUUGGUGAUCCCAUACAUGCUACCUUUAACGUCAGUGUACCUUUUUGAAUAUUUGAUCAAUCAAGCAAUUUCACCAACUUUACUUUUCCCAUUAGAUCCCACAGAAAGAAAUUCUAGCACACCUUUUCUCUUCCACAAAUAUAGAGAUAUUUAUGUCACAUAUGGUACAUUGUACCAACUAGGUGUAUUCAUUUCAAGAUCAACAGCGCAUCUAUUUAGGUUGAAAAGGUUAUACUUGUUAUCAUUCCUUCAGAGUUUGAAUUUUAUCUUGGCAAUUUUACAAUCAUGGUAUUUCAAAAUCAAAAACCCAUGGAUAAUUAUGUCCUUGAUCUUUUAUGAAGGUUUGCUUGGUGGUUCAUCUUAUAUAAAUACAUUUUUGAAUAUUCAUGAUGAAGUUGAACCAAGUAAGACAGAAUUUGCCUUAGGUUCAGUAUCAAUUGCAGAUUCCUUUGGUGUAUUUUUGGCGGCUUUAAUUGGGUUACAAUUAGAGCCAUCACUGUGUCGACAUCAAAUUACAGAUGGCAGACCUUGGUGCCAAAUGGAAUAG